CCUGUCAUAAGUUUUCUACUUUAGUCAAUUUAGUCAAUUAUAUGCUUCUCGAAAGUUAUCUCGCAUCAUAUUACACACACCUCUUCUCAAAGCUUAUAUUCAAUGCAGCAGGUCCGAGGAUGCUGGUUUUAUGGUGUGAUACAUGCAAUAUUUUCUUCACGAAAUUGGGCUUAUUUUGGUUGUAGUGACGCAAAGUGUUGUAAGAAACUGCGUGAAGAAGAUGUAGUGUGCACCAAGUGCGGUAGAAGUAGAGAUGAGGGUGUUUGGCGAUACACUUUGAAAAUGAAAGUCAGGCAUGGGACAACUUUUGCCGAUGUAAUGUUCUGGGAUGAGGAGGCAAGGCUACUACUUGGAAAGGCUGCAGGAGAUCUCCACGAACACCUCGAUGUGGCAACACUUAGACCUAUCAGCUGCCCUGAAGUCAUAUCUGAAUUGAUUGGACGAGAAUAUCUAUUCAAAAUCAAGUCUGCAAGCACAAACUCUAACUAUGGUGAACAGGUUUAUGUAAUAGGCAUGAUAUCGAGCGAUAAAGAAAAAAUAAAACAAUUCAAGUUGGCAGCAGGCACUGAGGGAACGAGUUCUGAGGCGUACAAUUCUGAUGAAGAUUUGGAAUUGCUUUUUGAAUCUGUGCCGACAAUGGACUCAAAUGUGGUUAUUUCAGACACUGAAACUGAUGGGAAAGGAACUCCAAAAUCAAGUGGACGAUGUCGAGAAUCGGAAGAAGCAGUCAUUUGUGAUGUCAACGGCUCAACACAGGGCUCAAGCAACAAGAAACUUAAGCCCGUGAAGAUUGAAAAGCCAUGAUAUUGAAUUAUUAUUUGCUAUUUAAUUUCGUACCGCCUUUUAUACUUUUGUUCACGUAUUGUUUCACACAAUUUUGAUCUUAGACUUCUCAAUGCCAUUGAAUUUUCAUUUGAUAUUUUAUGAGUGUUAUUUUGAGUGUGUAAGACAGUAAGAAUAUUGACUUUAAUGCUAC